CUCGAUCGCAGCCGCAGUCUCAUUCGUUCCCUCGCUCGAUACUGUCCCAACGUCUCCGUCGUCGCCAGUCGCUAUAUCUGAUCGAUCCGGUCCGGCAUGGGAAGUUUUCCAGCUGUACUUGUUGUUGGCAGCUGCCUGCUGCUGCUGACAUUGGGCGCGAGUGCUCAACAACUAAACUGCGUGUCCAAGCUGCAGAAUGGCAGGAUCACAGGCAACUGCAUCUCGAUCAGGGAGUGCGAUUACUUUAUGAGAAUCUUGACCUCUGGGAAUCCAACUGCCAGCGACCGUAGCCUACUGCGGGAGAAUCAGUGCGGUCAGCGGGGCAAGGAUGUGUUGGUCUGCUGUCCAAGCACCGCUGGUUUGGGGGCCUUGACGCAUCCCCUGCUGCCCACUGAUUGUGGCGCAGCUCGGUGGCAACGUUCCAACGACACCGAAACGCGGAUCAGGGAGUUUCCCUGGCUGGCUCUCAUCGAGUAUACGAAGGCAUCCAACGGGGAGAAGAUCCAUGGCUGUGGAGGAGUGCUUAUCAGUGAGCGAUAUGUUCUGACUGCCGCCCACUGUGUGGUGCAAGCCACGACAAAUAAUCUAAGGAUAACCGCAGUGCGUCUGGGUGAAUGGGAUACCAGCACUAAUCCUGACUGCCAGUUCCACGAGGACACCCAAAAGGCGGACUGUGCUCCGGCUUACCAGGACAUUGACGUGGAGGAGGCCGUGUCGCAUCCCCUGUACAAUAGCUCCAACCUUAGUCAGGUCAACGACAUAGCCCUCAUUCGCCUGGCCACUCCUGCGAAGCUCAAUGACUAUGUGAUGCCGAUCUGUCUGCCCAACAAGCAACUGCGUGCGGACGAGCUGGAGGGUCUGGUCACGGAGCAGGCUGGUUGGCUCGCCAAAACCUCGCCGCGCAUGCGUAAGAACUUUGUGACCAUUAGCUCCAUAGCAGACUGUCAUCUUAAGUACUCGGCCCAUAAGCUGAGCAUUCAGGCCUCGCAGCUCUGCGGCUUUGUUAGCUCGAAGGAGUGUCAUGGCAACUCCGGGGGACCGUUGAUGCUUUUCAAAAACGAUGCCUAUCUUCUGGGCGGUUUGGUAUCCUUCGGACCGGUGCCAUGUCCGAAUCCUGACUGGCCGGAUGUCUACACAAGGGUGGCCUCCUUCAUCGAAUGGAUACACGACAGCUUGAGGGAAUAACAGAGGCAUACUUAUAUCUUUUUUUUGUUUUAAGAGAAAAAUUUUAUACAUUUUGUUGUAAAAAUAAAGAGAUUUGAUUGUGAUUAAGCUUA